CAAAAAAUUAAAAACAUCUAUCAGUAUCUGGGAACAAAUGUGAUUACAUUUUUUUACAUGUUUCGAAUGUUCAACCAUUCCCUAUGUAAUCUAUGUGCUAUUUAAGCUUUUAUGAGUUUGGUCACCUGCUUAACUUUCUGCCUUUUCCUUGUUUCCAUUCAUAGUGAUAUCUGUUGGAUUGUAAGCCGCCAAGAUGGUUGCACAGGGCUUUGUAGUAGAUUUGAAUAAACCCCUUGUCUUUCAGGUUGGCCAUCUUGGAGAAGCUUAUCAGGAGUGGGUUCACCAGCCCAUAGUUUGCAAGGAAGGCCCUAGAUUUUUUGAAAGUGAUUUUUGGGAGUUUCUAACCCUCACAGCAUGGUGGGUAAUUCCACUCAUUUGGCUCCCUGUUGUAUGCUGGUCAAUCUCCAUGUCGUUACGGAUGGGCCACACACUUCCUCAGGUAGCGGUAAUGGUGGUCUCUGGCAUUUUUAUAUGGACAUUUCUGGAAUAUACUCUGCAUCGCUUCCUUUUUCACAUCAAGACAAAGAGCUAUUGGGGAAACACCAUUCAUUAUCUUCUUCAUGGUUGUCAUCAUAAGCACCCCAUGGAUGGCCUACGCCUUGUUUUCCCUCCUGCUGCAACAGCUAUUCUGUGUGUACCAUUCUGGAACUUGGUUCAAGUCAUGUCUACUCCUUCUGUGGCUCCUGCUGUAUUUGGAGGUGGUUUGCUGGGUUAUGUCAUGUAUGAUGUCACUCAUUACUACUUGCAUCAUGGACAGCCAACCAGUCAAGUACCUCGAAAUCUUAAGAAAUAUCAUCUAAAUCAUCAUUUUCGCAUCCAGAACAAGGGCUUUGGUAUCACUUCCUCCCUAUGGGACAAGGUGUUCGGAACACUACCUCGAUCAAAAUCAGCUGAGAAGAGUAAAUGAUUUAGGAGUGUAGGGCAGUUCCAAUUAUGAAAGCUUUGGCGUUUCAUUCAUUUUCUUCAUCCUAGUUAUUCUUUUUAUGCUGUUUAUCACAUCUAUGUGUUCUUGUCUAAGCUUUGGUGGCAUGUCGGCAUUGUGUUACUUGUUUUUCCUGAGAUGCAAAAAUCUGUAUAAAACGAAUUGAUGAUCUUGGAUCCAUUAUUGAUUUAUUCAUAAUAGACGUGUUAUCUUCAUUUUUUAUA